UUGGAAGCGUAAUGGAUUGAUUCUUCAUGGACGGCUACACGUUUGGUUUAGCCCAAGCACUUGAUCGAAUUUACAAAUCCAGCCAAUCAGAAACCACAAGAUGGAGAAGGUGGAGAAAGCAGAUGUUUUUGUCCCCCCUUCUCCAGUUAGAGAGAGAAAAGUAAAAAAGAAGAUAACACGACAACUUCUUUUGCAGUGCACAGAGGCUUUCUCUUCCAUCUAACUUGGACCCGUCUUCUUCUCCUCUCUGUAUUCUUGGAUUGGAUGAUUUUAUGAACUUUCAUAGCUGAUUUCGGACUUCUAGGACCUCAAUCUGUGGAGAUCUGAAGAAGAAGAAGUAGUAGAAGAUUGGUUGUUUAGAUUCGAUUCUCCUAUUAAGGGUUUGGAAUAUCUGAUUAACUCUGGACUGGACUCCAGUGUUCCAGCCUUCCGGGUGUUCUUCUCUCUUCCGAUUCCUGCUUUUCAGUUGAGAUAUCAAGAGGCUUAGUGUUGUACUAUAGAGAAUUUAAUGGAGGAAUUGGGUACUCAAGUUGCUCCUCCCAUAUUCGUGCAUCAAAAUCUCGCUGGUCGAUUUCAUGAUGGAUUCACACAGCCAUUGGCAAAGAAACGUGCCAUGACCUUUCAAGGUCCUGGAUUUCAUCCCCAGCAGUUUCAAAACCAGGCUGGACACUGGAAUUCCAGUGUCUGGGGUUGGGACAGUGUUGGUUUUGCUGCUAAACCGUUGAACCAUCCGGUUAAUGAGGUGAAUGAAACCCUAAGCUUAAAUCUAGGCGGAAAUGGAAGAGGAAGUGGAACUGGUAGUGGCAAUGGAAGCGGCUGCUCGACGAAUUCAGUUGAAGAGACGGUUUCAAGGCCUGGAAAGAAGGUUCGAUCUGGUUCGCCCUGUGGAAGCAACUAUCCUAAAUGUCAGGUCGAUGAUUGCGGUGAAGAUCUGUCCAAUGCUAAAGAGUAUCACCGCAGACAUAAGGUUUGUGAAGGUCACAGCAAGUCAAGUAAAGCUAUGGUGGGAAAUCAAAUGCAAAGGUUCUGUCAGCAAUGCAGCAGGUUCCAUCUGCUUACCGAGUUUGAUGAAGGGAAGCGAAGUUGUAGACGCAGGCUCGCUGGGCACAACAAGCGAAGAAGGAAAACUCAAACUCAAACCGAAGAUGCUUCCUCACAAAAUUUAAUCCCCAAAACCCAUGAAAACAACACCAGUCCUGCUAAUUUGGAUAUUAUUAACUUGCUAACCGUUUUAGCUCGUGCUCAAGGGACUAAUGAAGAGAAGGGCAUCAGUUCCUCAAUAGCAACCAACAAAGACCAGCUGAUCGAGAUUCUUAGAAAGAUAAACUCACUGCCUUUGCCAACUUCUUCUGGCAUUACUCCAACAAAUCAGACGUGUCUGGACAAUUUCUUAUUAAACUCAAGUGCAUCUUCUCAAUCAACCAAGGACCUACUUGCUGUAUUAUCUCAAGGAAACAUCCAAAGAAGUAGUGCUGAUAAAAACAGCAAGAAUUCAUAUCAUCCAGAUCAAGCCUUAGAUUGUACUGUGCAAAAGAGUCCUGCAACAGUUUGGGGCGGAGAGAGAAGCAGCAGUAGCUAUCAGUCUCCUUGUGAAGAUGCUGAUAGCCACAUCCAAGGAAGACCAUCAAAUGUACCUUUGCAGCUUUUUAGUUCAUCUCCAGAAGGCAACAGUCCAUUGACUGGGAGAAUAUACUCUUCGGACAGCAGUAAUCCCAUGGAUGAAUCAUCACCUUCAUCUUCUCCUCCUGUUGAACAGAGCCUGUUUCCAAUGCAUACGUACAGAGAGACUGAACUUGUAAGGGCGGCGUCAAACAGUCUGAAGGCUAAUAAUAAUGUGAAUUUUGAAAAAGGUAGAGCUGGAUAUGUCAAAACUUCCCUUGAUCUCUUUGGAGAGUCGAUCACAGCCAGCGAAAGUGGUCUAUAUCAUCAUGGAGAGCACACAACGUCAUCUGGAUCUGAUCAUUCACCUUCUAGCUUGACCUCCGAGUCAAAGGAGCGUACUGGUAGAAUAAGUUUCAAAUUAUUUGAUAAGGACCCAAGUCAUUUACCAGGCACUUUGAAAACUCAGAUCAAUAAUUGGCUCUUAAACAGCCCUUCAGAUAUGGAGAGCUAUAUCAGGCCUGGUUGUGUCUUCCUAUCUGUUUACUUGUCAAUGCCAUCAUCUUCAUGGGAACAACUAGAAGAAAACAUUCUUCAGCGUAUCAAUUCUUUAAUCCAUAAUCCUGGCACCGACUUCUGGAAUAAAGGGAGGUUCAUAGUUCAAACGAAUAAGCAGUUGGCAUCGCAUAAAGAUGGAAGAGUUCGACUUUGCAAAUCCUGGAGAGCAACAUCUAACACACCUGAAUUAUUCCACGUUUCCCCUUUGGCAAUUAUGGCUGGGAAAGAGACCUCUCUUCUAUUGAAAGGAAAAAACCUGAAUGCUCCUGAGACCAAGAUUUAUUGCACUUACAUGGGUGGGUACAUAUCAAUGGGUUCGGCUUCCCAAAAAACUGAGCAAGAUGAGCUAACUUUGGAUAAGUUCAAAAUUAUGGGAGAGUCUUCUGGCGUACUUGGUCGAUGUUUCAUUGAGGUUGAAAAUGGGUUCAAAAGUGCUGCCAGCUUUCCCAUAAUAAUUGCAGAUGCUUCUAUAUGUCAGGAACUGAAAGUCCUUGAAUAUGAAUUCAACAAGGGCCCAAAUGUUGACGAUCGUAUUUUGAAUGACCAACUCCUACAUUUUCUAAAUGAGCUCGGAUGGCUAUUCCAGAGAAAGCAGAGCUCUUUAGGUCUUAGUCUAUCUGGAUACUCUAUUAGUCGCUUCAAAUCUCUGCUAGUAUUCUCUGUUGAUCGGAACUGUUGCGCUUUGGUGAAAACGAUCCUCGGUUUACUACUAGAGAGAAGCUUGAUCGGGGCUGAGCUAGCUAGAGAAUCCUUAGAGAUGUUAACUGAGAUUCACCUUCUGAAUAGGGCAGUGAAGAGGAAAUACAAGAACAUGAUUCACUUACUCAUUAAUUAUUCCGUGCCUUGCAGUAAUAGCACUACAGAAUACAUCUUUCUACCAAAUCAAUCCGGGCCUGGAGGCAUUACACCUUUGCACCUAGCUGCUUCUAUGUCCAAUUCAGAAGAUAUUGUAGAUGUUCUGACAGACGAUCCACAAGAGAUUGGAUUACUCAGUUGGCACUCUCUUCUUGAUGGGAAUGGGCAGUCUCCUCAUGCUUAUGCCUCGAUGAAGAAUAAUCAUACUUAUAACAGUCUUAUUGCUCGAAAACAAGCUGACAGAAAAAACAGCCAGGUAUCUGUAUCAAUUCGAAGCGGAAUAGAGGAACAAUAUUCGACGACAAAUCAAAACCAUGAGGCCGGUGUCCAUUUCAAACGAGGGCCAGCAGUUUCGUGUUCUAAGUGUGCAGUUGUGACUGCAAGAUAUAAGGGUGUGCAAAGUGCACACACUUUGCUUCACAGUCCUUUCAUCCAUUCAUUGCUUGCCAUUGCUGCUGUAUGUGUAUGUGUCUGUCUAUUUAUGCGAGGUGCCCCUGAUAUCAGGUCUAUUGCUCCUUUUCAGUGGGAAAAUUUGGAAUAUGGUUGUAGUUAAGACAAGUGACUAAAAGGACAUACGUCGUUUUGGUUAGUAAGAUCAUAUUGGGGCGAGGACCGCUAUGGAAAUUCGCUCCUACAAAUCAAGUUGUCUGUUUCAAAUCUGCUCAUCCAUUUCUGGAUUGCAGGUAACUCUUGACCAUCUUAGGCGAAUUCGUAUAAAUUUAUUUAGUCCUAUAGUCGAAAAGUAAAAUGCUGUUGAAGAUGUAUAUCUAUAAUAAAUAGCCCAUAUUAUUUUAUUUCGAGCGUGUAAGCUUCUGAGUUCUUUCCGAUUAGUUAUUUAUCACACUUCCAAGUUGUUUGUGUAAAAGAUGUAUAAUCAUCUUACAUUAUCGUAAUUGAUAUACUCUGAUUCUAAUUCGGGGCUGUGUUUUAUUCAAAUGUGUUUAUGUUAUGCUA